AUAUAUUCAUAGUUUCCUAUACACGUUUCAAUCGGAUAAAAAAAUGUUAACGAAACUGACGAGGCACAUAUAACAAGCCGACCAGAGAAAUUUACGCAGCUAACAUGGAUACCUAAGUUGAAUUUUCACGAGCCGCCACCAGAUGGCUGCAGUAAUUUAGUUCGACAGGGCGUACUGGUCUGGACUAUCUUCAACACAAGCUUUCCCAAUUUCUCACAAUAAUCUGCUUUUUCACUCGACCUCCUUAAUUUCGUACUUUAGUAGAUGAGUGUGUAAAACUGAACACCUUAUUAAAGUCACAAAUUAAGACGCAUAAAAAACGCGCAAAUACGACCGAAGCAGAUUUAUUCGUGGCUUAAUGCUGCCCUCUAUCGGUCACAUUAAUUGAAAUUGUUCAAGCGCUGGAAGAAAAACUGUAUUUCUACUAGAGAACUACAUUUUCCCUGUUAAUUUCAUUUGCAGCUGUGUGAUUGGUCAGAGCACAGGGUGUUGUUUUGGCACUAAAAAACCAAAAGGGCUAAAGUCUAAAGUGCGCACUUGCUUGGGAGUAGUGCCUGAAGGCUGUCAUUGGCCAGCUCCACCAGCCAAUCAGCGCAGAUUAUCCAACCACUGACAGUUAGUCUGUGUGAAAUCAGCUUGCCUCGUGCCCAUUCGCUGGCAUGGCGCCUCUGGUGACUCUCAGGGUGUGACGUUACAGGCAGUAUUUACAGUAGAUAGUCGGUUAUGUUGGUGACGUGAAGCUGCAGUGUUCACACUUGAUUUCUGACUGUUUAUGGAGAAUAACUUGAAUUAGUUUUUACUUUAAUCAUCUUCAUUGUUUGGUAUUCAGUAGGUAAUAGUGGUACACUUUAAUUGGUCACACCUGGCCAAUUAAUCACCUGCUUUCCUGUGGGUGUAAUGAUAUUGCUGGUUAAACAACGGCCAUAAAGGCCUUAAACAGGCUGACUGGAGACUCCGGUCCCCCGCCGGAUGCUGCCUGCAGAGACUGCGCCCUUCUCCUCCUUCCUGACGGAUGGUUUCGGUCGCAGACACAGCUACCUGCGGAUCUCGCUGACGGAGAGGUGUAACCUGAGGUGUCAGUACUGCAUGCCUGAGGAGGGGGUGACGUUAACUCCCCGGGCACAGCUGCUGAACACACAGGAGGUGCUCAAGCUGGCCCGCCUCUUUGUCCACGAGGGGGUGGAGAAGAUCCGGCUGACGGGGGGGGAGCCCCUCAUCCGGCCUGACAUCCUGGACGUCAUUGCCGAGCUCCGGAAGCUGGAGGGUCUGAAGAGCAUCGGCGUUACGACCAACGGCCUGAACCUGACGAGGCUGCUGCCCGGGCUGAAGCGGGUGGGCCUGGGUCUGCUCAACGUCAGCCUGGACUCGCUGGUGCCAGCCAAGUUCGAGUUCAUCGUGAGACGUAAAGGAUUCCACAAGGUGAUGGAAGGCAUCCACAAGGCCAUUGAGAUGGGAUACAACCCCCUCAAGGUAAACUGCGUGGUGAUCCGAGGCCUCAAUGAAGACGAACUGGUGGACUUCGUGGCCUGGACGGAAAAGAAUCCCCUGGAGGUUCGCUUCAUCGAGUACAUGCCGUUUGACGGCAACAAGUGGAACUUCAAGAAGAUGGUGAGCUGUCAGGAGAUGCUGGAUGGGAUCCGGCAGAAGUGGCCUGACCUGGAGCCACUGCCUGGAGGACAGGCGGACACGGCCAAGAUCUUCAGGGUUCCUGGCUUCCAGGGCCGGGUGGGCUUCAUCACCUCCAUGUCCGACCACUUCUGUGGCUCCUGCAACCGGCUGCGGCUGACGGCUGACGGUAACCUCAAGGUGUGCCUCUUCGGAAACGCGGAGGUAUCCCUCAGGGACUAUCUGCGAUCCGGAGCUACUGAUGAGGAGCUGCUGGAGAUCAUCGGAGCUGCUGUGGGCAGGAAGAAGAAGCAUCACGCAGGAAUGUUCAGCAUCUCCCAGAUGAGGAACCGGCCCAUGGUCCUGAUUGGUACUGCUUCAUCAGGUCCUCCUUCCUCCUCGCCCUCCACCCCCCCGCUGCAGUUUCUGAACCCGCUCCUUCAGCUCCUAAAUGCAGUAUCCCCCAAGCCAACUCCCUCCCUGAGACUGUACCACUCCCUCUGUGGGGGUCACUCUGACAGCAACACCACAUGGUGCCUUUUUAAUAGCACAGCCUCUGGUGACCCGGGUUCCGUCAUAGACAGGGGCAGCCCCCGGUGGAACCGCGCGUCGUCACAGCACUGGAUCACUGGGACGUUUAAGGGAGCGACCCUCCCUGCAUUAAGCUCCCGCAGAGGAUUGUGGGAUUGUGACAAUUUGACAGCCGGUUUACAGGCAUCGAGAGCCAAACUCGCAAGGCAGCAGUGGCAUGACAACGUUCUGGGGGCGGCUCACUUUGGACUGGGCAGUCCCUUCAUCAACAGCCAGCUGGGGAAUGGCGAAGACGGACCCCCGCUUAAAAGCACUCCGAGUGGCAAGCAUGGACAGUCCUCCAGGAUCCCUGCCGAGACCGACUCCCUGUCAACACCACUAGCCAGUCAGCUGACGCACAUAGACGCCCAGGGCCGUGCCCGUAUGGUGGAUGUGGGUGCAAAGCCCGUCACCCUCAGGACGGCAACUGCCGGGGCUGUGGUGCACCUGACGCCCAAGGCCUUUAGCCUGGUGAAGGAGAACCAGCUGGCCAAGGGCGACGCCCUGACUGUAGCACAAGUCGCCGGCAUAAUGGCCGCCAAGCAGACCAGCACCCUCAUCCCGCUCUGCCACCCGCUGCCACUGGACCGGGUGAAUGUCACCUUGGAGCUGGUGGAAGCAGAAUGCACGGCUGUCGUCACGGCGACCUGCCAGACCACCGGCCGCACCGGGGUGGAGAUGGAGGCGCUCACGGCCGCCUCCGUCGCUGCCCUCACGCUCUAUGACAUGUGCAAGGCAGUUAGCCGUGACAUCACUAUCACGGAUAUCAAACUGUUGAGUAAGAAGGGGGGCCAAAGAGGCGACUACCAGCACAAAUGCCUGGGCAGGAAAAGCCCCCCCCACAACCCCAAAGACCCAGCACUGGAAACGGACGACAAAUGAAUUAAAAAUGUUUUAGUGGGAUGUUUAUUGCAGUCAUCUCUAAAAUGGAGAUUAAUUGCAACUCUCCCAAGCUGAAUGCGAGUGAAGAGGAUUCUGGGAAAUUGUGUAUUUGUGUCUGAGCUUAAACACAAUAGGUCGGGCCACCCGGUAUUGUUCUCCCUCAGCCGUCCAAUCGCAGGCUGGCUGUCCCAGCAUGUCACUGUAUAAAGCCAGGGCUUUGUGUCCACCCUGCGCUGAAGAUCCUCUUAAGAUUAAGUGCUACAGUAGGAUUUGUGAGCCUGACCCCUGGUGUCUCUGCACUGCUGCCCCAGUGGUUAAAUAGAGGUACUGCAGCUUAUCUGAAGAAUGUUUCUUGUGUUGCAUCUAGCUGAAGGCACAGCAGGGAAUGUAGGGCUGCCUCUGCUGAAGCCUAGCCAAUAGGAAUGGGGAAAAUCAACCACGCACAAAUGUCUCUCUAAGCAAUACCUUUUUCUAACAAACACUGUGCUCGUACUAUUUUGGGUUCGGAUGCUGGCCGAUUGGUCGUGACAUCGCAGAUCGUUUUGGUCAAUUUUGGCUGCUUAAACCUCUCAGAACAAACCUGAUUGAAGGAGUGUGAAAAAGAACAUCGACCGCAGUAGUGGCCAAAUGUGAAAAAGCCUGAAAAGACCCCCCCCCCCCCCCCCCCCCCCCCCCUGCCACCCAAAUGACAUAAAUACCUUUUCUAUACUGAAGCCACGUGAUGAAUGAUUUGCAAACUCCCUUUGGUUCAAAUGAUGGGCUCUAGCACUUUGUUCUAAGCAUCUCGAAGUUCUAAGGUUGUUUUAUUUCCAGAAUUUAACCCAGGGGAAGUGACCAAGGGGCAAUGCUGAUUGCUGCUGCCUGCUGUGUGUGGCCAACGAGACACUUCCUCUGGGUUCAAUCUUAAGGUGCCCUUAAACCAGUGGGAUGAAGUGACGAUGCAGUGCUUUACCACCCCUCUGGCGAUUUGUCAAGCCAAAGCGGGUUUGUGAAAUGUGACAAUCCUAUUUUUAAUGUUGUUUGUGAGUCACAUUUAUGGUUGCAUACAAAUAAUGUAGUCAAAUCUUAUUUCUUUUGUGUGUUGUGUGAUAUGCCUUUUUGGAAAAUAAUCCAGGAAUGUCUAGUUAAGAGUAAAUCUUAAAUCUAGAUAACAUGUAUUGCCCAAGUUCUAAUAUAUGCUAAGAGUCUUAAAAUGUAUGUUUGAUAAUUCAAAAGCUUCAUUUUUCUAUGACAAGGACACUGACACUAUUUUUAAUGCCGUGAAAUCCUGUGCAUCCCGGCUGUUUAUGACUCUGCAUUAUUCUGCUCUGGUUAUUGAUUUUGGACUUUUAUGUUUGAAUAUUUUUCUUUAGCUUAUCUCUACCUGCAAUGUUAAAUCAGGAUUCAGGUGUCAUUUCCACCCCUGCUCUGUGUGCGUGGGGUCGGCGUGUCGUCCCUGGGUUGCGCGGGUCCCCCUGCCCCGUCUGCACAAGGUCGGCAUGUUGUCCCUGGGUUGCGCGGGUCCCCCUGCCCCGUGUGCGCAAGAGGUGCCCAUUUUGCCUGGGAUAGACUUGGUUCCAUGGCACCUUCUACUGGGUAAGUAGUUGGAAGAUUACUGGGCAAUUAAAAACCUGGCCAGACAUUUUUGUUAGCUGAAGUGCUUAAAUUUGAACAGAGGUUCAGCUGGAGUUUUGGCUCUGGGACCCCCCCCAUGGCGCCUGUGCAUGCCCGUCUCUCUGCCCUUUACCCUCAGGCUUGAAUGCUCCCGGCUGGCUGAUGGCUGUCUGCUGGCACUAGGUCUGGAGUUCUGUCACAGAUGGCAGUUUUAUCUACCUCUGUGUUUUAAGGUAUCUUGCGUAUUGAUAUAAGAAUGCAUUUGCUUUCACUAAUAAAAGCACUAACUUGA